UGUGUGUCAGGCUGAGCACCGCCCAUUGACUCUUGACUACUGCAUUUCUCUUACAAACGCCGCUGCGGGUUAGAUUGACUUGGGGCUGACCUUAUUCACCCAUUAAAACCAGAAAAAAACGACAUGAUGUUUCUAGGAAAUAAAUGAAACCGCUGAAGCUGUAGCAAGACAGGGGCAGCAUUAAGUAGCAGAGGGAGUAACCACAUCUGGAGGAGGACUGAACUCUGCAGCAGCACCUUGGACUCUCCACAUGCCCCACUACAUGACCACGACCAUGGAGGACACGGAUGAGGACAGUGUGGCCAAGCUGUUUGAGAACUUUGUGCAGGAGUCUACAUGUAAGGGCACGCUGCAGGCCUUUAAUGUGAUGUGCCGAAAACUGGACCUAGACCCGUCAGACAGCAGCACGUUUUAUGCUGAGCUGAAGGCCAAAGUCACCUGCUGGAAAGCCAAAGCACUAUGGGCCAAACUGGACAAGAGAAUGUCCCAUAAGGAGUAUAGGAAAGGACAAGCUGCUGUGGGCACCAGGUGCCUGAUCAUUGGAGGAGGGCCUUGUGGUUUACGGACUGCCAUUGAGCUUGCACUGAUGGGUGCCAAAGCUGUGGUAAUAGAAAAAAGAGACUCUUUCUCCAGACACAAUGUACUGCACCUUUGGCCUUUCACCAUUCAUGACCUACGAGGGCUUGGGGCCAAAAAAUUUUACGGAAAAUUUUGUGCUGGAGCCAUAGACCAUAUAAGUAUUCAACAGCUGCAGCUCAUCCUGCUGAAGGUGGCCCUGCUUGUUGCCGUAGAGUUUCAUAUCAACACAGAGUUUGUCAAACUGCUGGAGCCUCCAGAGGACCAGGAAAAUAAAGAGAUUGGCUGGCGUGCAGCAAUCCGUCCUGCUGAUCAUCCUGUGGCCAACUUUGAUUUUGAUGUGAUAGUAGGAGCUGAUGGACGUCGCAAUACUCUUGAUGGUUUCAAAAGGAAAGAGUUUAGAGGGAAGCUAGCCAUUGCCAUCACUGCAAACUUCAUCAACAGAAACACAACAGCUGAGGCCAAGGUGGAGGAGAUCAGUGGAGUGGCUUUCAUUUUUAACCAGAAGUUCUUUAUGGACCUCAAAGAAGAAACAGGUGUAGAUUUGGAGAACAUUGUGUACUACAAAGACAACACACAUUAUUUUGUCAUGACUGCCAAGAAACAGAGUUUGCUAGACAAAGGAGUCGUCAUAAACGAUUACAUAGACACAGACAUGUUGCUGAGCAGUGAAAACGUCAACCAGGAAGCUCUUCUCUGCUACGCCCGGGAGGCAGCUGACUUUGGCACCAACUACCAACUUCCUACACUGGAUUUUGCCUUGAACCACUGUAACCAGCCAGAUGUAGCAAUGUUUGACUUUACGAGCAUGUACGCCUCUGAGAAUGCCGCUCUGGUCCGGGAGAGGUUUGGACACCAGCUGCUGGUGGCACUGGUUGGUGAUAGCCUGCUUGAGCCCUUCUGGCCCAUGGGAACAGGUUGUGCUCGAGGUUUUCUGGCUGCGUUUGAUCUUGCCUGGAUGGUCAAGAGCUGGGCUGAGGGCCGGCCUGUCCUGGAGGUGCUGGCAGAGAGAGAAAGUGUUUACAGAUUACUUCAUCAGACGACACCUGAAAAUAUUGCUAAAAACUUUGAUCAGUACACGAUCGACCCUGGGACCCGUUACCCCAACCUAAACGUGUCCUCUGUCAGACCACACCAGGUGCGUCAGUUGUACAUUAGUGGAGAACUGAAGAACUGUUCUCUAGAGCGGGCUGCUACCAUUCGUCGACCAGUCAAUCUCUGCAGACGAGAGUCAGAGAUUCGACCAGCAAGACUCCUCACCUGGUGCCAGAGACAGACAGAGGGCUACAGAGGCGUGCACAUCACUGACCUGAGCUCAUCUUGGCUCAGCGGCAUGGCCUUUUGUGCCCUCAUUCACCGUGUCAAACCUCAGCUCAUAGAUUUUAAUGCCCUAAAUGAGGAAGAGCCUGCAACAAAUCUUCAGCUUGCAUUUGACAUAAGCGAACAUGAAUUUGGGAUACAGCCAUUUGCCACUGGGAAGGAGCUGUGUGCAGAGCACGAGCUGGAUAAGACCAAGAUGAUCACCUACCUGUCCAAAUUUUAUGAACUCUUCCGUGGCACACCAUUACCUGCAUCAGGUCCUAAAGGAGUGGAUGAAAAUGGUGGAAAAUAUCCAUCUAAAGAAGUCAGGAGUAAUAAUAAUGUCCUUAAUCUCACAUUGACAAGAAAGAGGAUUCCAAAGGAUGAAAAGAAAACUGACAGUGCAGACAAUAUUUACAAAAGGAGACGGAAAUUUGGUUAUUUAGAAGAGGCCACCAAUCUUUCCAGUAAUAGAUCUGCUGUGCCAGAUGAUUCUGGGCCCAAAGAGAACAAAGUGCGCUCAAUGGCUUCGCAGCUACUGGCCAAGUUUGAAAACAAGCCUUCCACCGUUCGAAGACAGUUUGUGCCAAACUAUAUUGACUUGACAGAGAUUCUGAGCAUCAGACUCAGACCUACCCCAGCCCCGAAACCUCCUCCUCCAGUUAUAGAGUCAGCUAUUACAUCACCACAUGUGUUCCUGAGACCAACUGGCUCUGUGGACAGGCCCUUCCAGCCUGCAUCGGAGCAGCUGUUUUGUGUAGUGAAGCUUAGACAUGUCGAUCAUACACACACCCAGACCAUGCCCCCUGCUCAACCUGAGACUCCCCCUGCUCCCUCCUGCCCCUCCGCUGUCCAGGUCAUGUCCAGAGUUCUGCAGCGCCUCAGAGAAGUGGAUCAACACAUCUCUGAGAUAAAGGCACAGGCACAACAAACAAGAGAGUUUCAGACAAAGUCAAUUAAAGAAAAGGCAGUUCACCUCACUGGGCUGUUUUCAAGUGAAAGUCCAGCCGCCCCAAAGGGUGGUAUUCGAAGGACAAUCCCCCAGUCUGCAGACAGGUGUCGCUCUUGUGACAGACGUGUGUAUCUGGUGGAGAGAGUGAGUGCUGAGGGACUGUUCUUUCACAGAGAGUGUUUCCGAUGCUGCUCCUGCAACUCCACUCUGAGGGUUGGGGCACAUGCCUUUGACACUGAGCAAGGAAAACUUUACUGUCAGCUUCAUUUUGAUCAGAGAAACAAUGGGACAUAUUUGAGGAGGACAUUCUCGCAGAGACUGAUUCACAAUGGAGGUGAAGUUGUGGAGAACUGUGCUUUUGUGGAGCAGGCCAGGACUGCAGUGGUCUUACAAAGUCCCUCUUCAGGUACUUGGUGCUCUUGGGCCCAAAAACUGUUGCAGUGGCCUUUGAGUGUGACGCGUGCUGUGUGCAACGCCCCGCAGUACUUAUUAAACUGUGUGCGCAGUACUACGCAUGCCCUGGCUACUCACCUCACAGAAUACGCCCAGGAAUACGCCUUCCUCUUUGAGCUUAUGACCAUCAGCGUGCCAUUGCUGCUAGUUUUACCAGAGGUACUUCACCAAAUGUACACAGAAGCAGUACCUGAAGGACCCAACACAAUACAGACAGUUGUGCAAUGGCUGCAGCAGCAGCUUUGACUUAUGCAGCUUCAUUAGUGAUAUUUCAGUGUACAUUCACUGGGGAACAUUUAGCACCUUUUAAAUGUUUACUUGCCUUUUAAACUUACCACAGACACUGUAUGUUUUACAUGCACAAGAUGACCAGUCAUACAUUUUGUUUUUUACUAUAUAAAUACAUUUUAAAUAUUUCACUGUAAGUCCUAACUAUAUAAUGCAGGCCAUGUCUUUUACUAUCGUGCUGUAAACUGUCCUGCAGUUAAAUGGUUUAUACUGACUCAGGUUAACGUGACAGUUUGGUGCACUUUAUCUUCAGGAACUGCUUUAUUGUAUAAAUAAGUGCAACCAUUGAUUGAGAUGUAAUGGAAUGGCAUGCAUUUGGUUGUGUUUCCUUGAUAUUAAUAAUGAAACAGUGUUGUGUUAUUUUUUAAGUUGUUUGAAAACUGAUGACUGUGUGAGGAUUUGCUAAGAUAUGGAAUUUGUUUUACUCUUCUGCCAUCUACUGUUCAUCCUCUGUAACACAAUAAGAAAUCCCGUGCCUUUCUUUGAUAGACAACUAUGCACACAUGCUCAAUACCACAAGUUAUCCAAAGGACACAGACAAAAGAGAUAGUUUUGCAUUCUCUAACAUUUUUGAUUGUUGUACCUUCCUUGCCAACCAAAUGCCUCUGACGAGCAGAUUUUUUUCUGACCAAUGACUUUAAAAUAAUGUCUUACAUGCACUUUAAAUUUGGAUUUUAUGGUUUGAAUGUGUAAAAUAUUACUAAUUUGACAUGGUAAUGUCAAAUGCCAAAGAAUUAUUAGCAGACUAUGUAAAAGAGAGAUUUUUUUUCCCAUUUAAUUGUGUCUUGUGUUGACUUAUUUCUUUUCAUAUUCCUCACUUUUAUGAUGAGUGUGCAGAUGAUCCCAAUGAAGACUGACAGGUAUUCAAGGUGAUUAUUGGCAAAUGGUCACAUGCUUGGUCACUAAGAAACAAUGAUCUCCUUCACUAUGAAUCUGUGUUGCUAACUUUUUACUAAUUUUUAAAUAAGUUUUGAUUGUUGUGUGUACCAAGUUGCACUGUUCAUUGACUUGUCUUUACCAGUCUUUCAAUAACUGAAAAAAGGCUGGCCUCCAAUUUUGCCUGUAUACUAAAAUACAUGCUUAAGUGCUUAAGAUCAAGGCUGAAAUAAUAUCAAGUCUUUUUUUUCCUGUUUUGCAAGCAAUGCUGAGGAACAGGAUCAGUUUAGUCCUUUGACUAUGAAGUUGUGAAAGUUGUGAUGCAUUUUGAGCUGUAAAACUCUUUCUUCACAAAAGAACAAGUGUUUUGGUUUAUUGUGCCUUUGUCCCACAUCAGUGGACUUUCUGACUCCUCUCAAGUCUUCCUGAAGAAGAAGAUAGUGCCCUGGUUUUGAUUCUCAGGAAUGCACUCAGAGCUCACAAUAAUUCUACCACUCUCCAUCCAGUUCAUACUGAAUCUCUGCAAAGCUAAUGAAGCACCUAUUGUGAAUGUUUUAGCUGUUGCAAGGUGCUGCGGAAUAGCCUAACAUCACUGAAACUGUAGUAGCCUAACUACUCUCAGAAUACACUGUCAAAUAUGUGAGGAGCUAUAAACAAAAAUGAAAAGUAGCAGUAAAAAGUCCAAGUAAUGUAAUGCUUGUAGAUGUUUAAAAAUGUAAUCUAUAAUUUUGUUAAUAGUUUUUCUUCUUUACAUUUUAGACCGGCUACUUCUUAGCUGCACAAAAUUUCAAAGUGGUUUGGCAACAACCCUGCCUUGAAUUUGCAAGGGGACUGGUCAAGAUAAAUUAGGAAACAGAUUUACAGCGUUCAUACUUGUCCUGAUCUCACCCUGGUUUCUAGGUUUAGUUCUUGGUUUAGUCCUGGCACCAUCAGUCUCUUAGACCUGACUUGAUAGGAUUAACAUAUUCAGGAAAUUUGACUGAGUAGUUGUUCAAAAUGUGUGUGUGAAAGACUACUUUUUAAUACUAAGGUUUUUAUGUUUUUUUGGGUUUUUUUUUUUGGUUUUUUUUAAAUAGCCUACAUAGCUCAAGUUUUUUUGUUUGUUUGUUUGUUUUUUAUGUGACUUUUACUUGAGUGGCCAAUACUUUUUUACUCCUCUGUAUCAUGCUGCCUAUACCUCCUCCACUGCUAAAAUCCCAGUGUAAACUUAUAAUUGAUUCAAUUAAUAAAAGUGCACAAUGUGCAAAUGUGAA